GGCUGUCUGCCUUCGGUGUUGUGGUUGUUUCACUAUUUUCAACGCUCGAAACCUCUCCCCUCUUUGCAUUUAAAGGGCCCCUACUCUCUCUCAAGCCCCCGGAAGCCCUCUCUCUUUCUCUCUCGUCUCUCUCUACCAUUUUCUCUAUUGGAGAAGCCUACUCUGUGAGAGAAAAUCCCUCUACAACCAUUUUCUUUCCCUUGGAAAUCUCUCUCUUUCUGUUGAUCUUCUGUUCCUGCAGGACCGGUUUCUCAGGAGGUCCUUUUUUGCCUUAGUUGGUGGUGCCAUGGCGGACGAGUGCAAGGCGCCGGUCGCGGAGGUGAAAGAGACAACGGAGGUGGCUGUGAAGGAGGCCCCUCCUGUGGAUGAGAAGGCCCUAGUAGUGGAGUCGAAGCCCGAAGUGGCGGAGGAGAAGCCCGAAGCGGCGGAGGGGGAGACAAAGCCCGCGGCGGAGGAGGCUGUUGCUGAGUCCGCGUCCUUCAAGGAGGAGACCAACGUGGUCGCGGAGCUGGAGGAUCCCCACAAGAAGGCCUUGGACGAGCUGAAGCAGCUCAUCGAGCAGGCUCUCAAGAACAACGAGUUCUUCGCACCGCCGCCGGCUCCUAAGGCGGAGGAGGCGAAGCCUGCAGGAGAAGAGGCUGUUGCUCAAACUCCACCUCCGGCGGCGGAGACCGCCGAGGUAGUGGAGGAGAAGGCGGAGGAGAAGGUGGAGGAGAAGACUGAGGUUAAGGUGGAGGAGGUAGCUGCGGAAUCCGCUAAGGUCGUGGUGGAGGAGGUCCCGCCGCCACCACCACCGGCAAAAGCAACGUCGUUGUUGGAAGUGGUAGAGCACGCGGUGGAAAAGGUACUGGGACAUGUGACACCAGCACCACCAGAGGCGGUUCCGGCACCACCGGAAGCCGCCGCUCCACCGGCGGCGCCUGCUACUGCUGAAGAGGAAGGCGUGAAGACUGUGGAAGCUAUCGAGGAAUCGGUGGUGUCAGUGACUCCCCCUCCGGCAGAGCCCGAAACGGCCGUACUACCACCGGCGGCGGAAGAGGUCUCGGAGGCGCCGGCUCCACCACCUGAGGAAGUCUUCAUCUGGGAUAUCCCGCUUCUGGGCGGGGAGCAGAGCGAUACCUUGCUGCUGAAGUUCCUCAGGGCGAGGGACUUCAAGGUGAAGGACACGCUUGAGAUGAUCAAGAAGACGGCGCGCUGGCGUAAGGAGUACAAGGCGGACGAGCUCCUCGAGGAGGACCUCGGAGGCAAGAGCUUCGAGAAGGCUGUGUUCAUGCAUGGCACCGACCGGGACGGCCAUCCCGUCUGCUACAACGUCUUCGGCGCCUUCCAGGACAAAGAGCUGUUCCAGAAGACGUUCUCUAGCGCCGAGCGAGACCACUUCCUCAGGUGGCGGAUCCAGUUCCUGGAGAAGGGAAUUAGGCAGCUCGACUUCAGCGAGAAUGGCAUCUCAACCAUUGUUCAGGUCACCGAUCUGAAGCACUCUCCUGGUUUGCUCAGCCGGGAGCUUCAGGUCACCAAAAAGGCCCUGGAAGUCCUACUUGACAACUACCCUGAAUUGGUCGCUAAACAGGUUGUGAUCAAUGUUCCAUGGUGGUAUCUGGCUUAUACUAGGGUGUUCAACACCAUUUUCACUCCCAGGACUAAGAGCAAGUUUGUGUAUGCUGGACCUUCUAGAUCGACUGAAACCCUCUUCAAAUAUAUAGCACCAGAACAAGUUCCAGUGGAGUACGGAGGGUUAAGCAAAGCGGAAGACUCGGAAUUCUCCACCGCCGAUGCUGUGACGGAUUUGUUCGUGAAGCCGACUUCUCCCCACACUAUUGAGAUCCCAGUUACUGAGGUCUGCACUCUUGUUUGGGAGCUUCGAGUUCUCGGCUGGGACGUGAGCUACGGCGCCGAGUUUGUGCCUGACGCAGAAGAUGGAUACACAGUCAUCAUUCAGAAGACGAGGAAGGUUGCCGCCACAGAUGAACCUGUCAUCCGGAAUUCCUACAAGAUCGGCGAGUCUGGCAAGGUGAUUCUCAAAAUUGAGAACGCCACUUCCAAGAAGAAAAAGCUCCUAUACAGAUUUAAGACUAAGGUUGCAGAGUCGAACUGAUCAGAAGAAGGGCGCUGAGGGGAAAUGAUGACAGGCUGAGUUCUCAUACUCGGUCUGUUGAAUAGCACUUGGAGAUUGAAAUUUGUUAUUUUGUUAUUCGUUCUUUUUACUUCUCUUGCUUUCGCGCUAUUUUUGUCUAGAUGGGUGUUGGUCUGUGAGAUGGUCGCCGGGAAUUGAAGAAACUGUGGGAAGGAGAAACGAAAGAAGAUUGUGUAUUUACCGUGUGUACAUGUCUCUGUUGGUCCUUUGCUAUUCUUUUGCCUUCAAUUUAUGAAUAUGAGUGUACAAGUGUUAGAAAUUGUCAAAAAACUGAUGGUACAGAUAAAUUUUGUUUA